UUGUUUUCAAUUAUUUUUCCUUAGUCACAAAUUGAAUACUUAAAACAUUUUGCUUUUUUCUACCGUGCAAUCGCAAUCAUUUAUAUUCUCAUUUGUAAUUUGUUUUCUUUCCACCCCCAUCAAGCUCUCUUGCCGAUCCAAUUUUAUUCUAUCACUAUUUUAUUUUUUAUACAAACCGGCAGCAAGCAUUAGCGGCAACAGUAGCGUCAAUUUCAAUCGCAACUCACGAAUAAUAAAGGAGAGGGACAGCUGUGUGAAAGCCAACAUAAUAUUGUUUUAAAAUACAACAAUGGACGCAAACAAGUUCAAUCAGCCGAAUGGAGACAUUGAAAUCAGCCAGCCUCCCGCUGACACCGUGACCGAACUUGCAUUCAGCCCAAAGGCCAACCUUUUGGCCGCGUCUUCAUGGGACAAUGAGGUGCGGAUCUGGGAGAUUCAGAACAACGGCACUUCGAUGGGAAAGGCCGCUUACUCACACGAGGCGCCGGCGCUAUGCUGUGUGUGGAGUCGGGAUGGCACAAACGUUGCAUCUGGAGGAGCCGACAAGGCUGGGCGCAUGAUUGACAUUGGUACAGGGCAGAGUAUUCAGGUUGCGCAGCAUGACGCGCCCAUCAGCUGCAUCAAGUUUGUCGAGGCCGAGAACGCGUCGCCGAUCUUGGCGACCGCUGGGUGGGACAAGGUGCUGAAAUAUUGGGAUUUGAGGCAGCCAUCACCGAUCGGGACUGUGAAUCUUCCGGAGCGCGCAUACGCCAUGGACUGCAACAACCCCAUGUUGGUGGUGGCCACGGCCGAGCGGAAGAUUGUGAUAUUCGAUAUGAACAACCCGACGACACCAUUCGAGACCGCCGAGUCCCCCUUGAAAUGGCAGACGAGGACCGUGUCGUGCUUCCCCAACAAGGACGGCUAUGCAGUCGGGUCGAUCGAGGGCAGAGUGGGCAUUCAAUACGUGGAUAUCAAGGACAAGGAGAAGUGCUUUUCGUUCAAGUGCCACCGGGAAAACAAGGGCCUCGAGUCAUUGGUUCACUCUGUCAACGCGAUAUGCCAUCACCCCGGAUUCAGCACUUUCGCGACUGCUUCCAACGACGCAUCGUUUGCGAUCUGGGACAAGGAUGCCAGGCGAAAGAUCAGCUCUCACGCCAAGCUUGGCGGGCCGAUUGUGAGCGCAGCAUUCAAUGGCGAUGGCAGUCUAUUUGCCUAUGCGCUGGGCUACGACUGGUCGAAGGGAUACAAGGGCAACACGAGCGACAUCAAAAAUACAAUUAUGCUUCACGCCGUCAGCGAGCAGGAUGUCAAGCCGACGCCAAAGUGAGCUCCCAUGCACACGCCGGAGCAAAAAGAAGCGAUAUCGGGAUCGAAGUGACAUGAAUUUGCGCUGCUGGUGCAUUUUUGAUAUCUUAUGCAUUCAUUUUAGCCAAGGGGUUAACGAAUUGAUUUCUAUAUUUGAAUUAUCAACAUCUUAUUACCAACAAUCACUGAAGAUGAAGGUACAGCUGU